UACAACCUCAGUGUUGGUUCACACACAGAUACUAAGUUACAGCACGACAAGAGUACAGUGAAUGAGACAUCUUCCUUUCGACGAAGACUACAGAUGAUUCCUGGUUUUACCGUGGAAAACUACUGCUCAUAGAGGACCGGCACAAAAUCUGAUUCAGAAAAGUAAGAAUAACAGCACUUGAAGAGCUGACGGCGGUCGUCCAGCUGUUGACAAGCAGACGGACAGAUAGUGGCUGAAGAGAAAAAAGUUGAAGUCAACAACACAAAGGAUAACAGUAGGAUGUUGAAGAAGAUGGAAGGACAAGUAGUCCAGGUCUACUGGCUUCUCUUCACACUGUCUCUAAGAGGCAUUCUUGCUGGUGAUUGGUCAGUCCAUCUCCCCGCCAGUCCCGUCUGUGCUGUGAUUGGUUCUUCGGUUAUCCUGCCCUGUUCCUAUGACUACCCCCAAAGUUCAAAUGGAACUGUGGGAGCAGGGCAAGUCUCAAGUCAGGGCAGAGGAGGAGAUGAAGGACAACGAUAUAGAGUUUUAUCUGAGAUAUGGUGCCUGGAGAACAGUCGCUGUAUCACUCCAAGAUAUGUGUUCCACAGUGCUGGCAUUCUCCCAGAUCCAUCCUACCAGAACAGGGUGAAGUACCUGGGUCAAGCAGGAACAAAGAACUGCUCCCUGAAGAUCUCUAAUCUUAGGAAGUCAGACAGUGGAACCUACGUCUUUUACCUCAUCACUAGUCAUCCAACACAAAAGAUGCCAGAGCAAAGAGGAAUUCAGCUGCUGGUGGCAGAUUCUCCCAGGUCAGUGACCACAGCAGUGAACCCUUCCUCUGGCAUCAGUGCAGGUGUGGUCGUACGGCUGUCCUGCUGCAGUCCCUCAGCCAGUCUGCAGACACAAUUCAGAUGGUUUAAAAGUGAAAGUGCCACACCAAUGUUUGAUGGACAGGUGUGGACAAUCGGGGAAAUCUCUUCUUGUCAGUCUGGAAGUUACUACUGUCAGACGCAAACUGGAGAUCAAGUGCGCAACUCAACAACACAAGAGAUUGAUGUCCAAUAUUCUCCGAGGAACACUGCAGUGUCCCCUGGUACAGAACUGUACAAAGAACCUCCUGUGACUCUGACCUGUAGCAGCGAUGCUAACCCACCUGUGCUCACGUUUUCCUGGUACCAUGGUGCAGCCUGUAGUCCAGCAGCAGACAAAAGUCUUUAUCAGGCACGACAAGCCAUGGCCACACACACAGGAAAAGGCUCCACCUUUAGAAGCGCCAACAUCACUGUGGAGGAAUACGGGAAGCACUGCUGUGUGGCUCGCAACAGUCAUGGUUCACAGACUGUGACUGUAUUACUGCAGGAAGACAGAGCAAUAAUGGCAUUGAUGUCCAGAAACAGAGAAGUUGUUAUUGGCGUGUCCCUCUCCAUCCUAAUAGUCAUUAUAGCUAUUAUAGCUUUUUGUAUCAUAAGGAGAAAGAAGUCCUCCAAAAACCAGACAUAUUCACUCACUGCUACAACUGCAACCUGAAUCCUGGAUAUAAAAUCCUAUAUUUACCAAAAAUAUGUUUGCUGGAUCCUCUUGAUUGGGUAAAUAAAUCCUCAGUUAUUGUCACAAUGAACAAGUGAUUUUAACUUGUUUGACCUUCUGCCAUUUAAAAUAGGUCACACUUCACUUCAUCUUUCAGCAAGAGAUACUGGUACUUCCGUUUUUUAAUGUACUACUUUAAAUGUAUUUAUUAUUCCAGAUUUUAACUGCUAUUUCACGCUUAUGUUUAUGGUGAUUUAUAGAUGCUGUUGUAAACAUAUCGAUGUAAAAUUAUGCUACAAAAACAGUAAUAAAAUAACAAAUUAUUUUCACAUAAAGACUAUCCUGAUUAGGACCAAAAGCUAAACAUAAUUUUAAGCCUGCAUUAAUACAUUUGUGAUGAAAUUAGUGUUGUGCAAUUAAUGUGUCCAAACAAUACAAAUCAUGCUGUAUGUUUGAGAUAAAAGAAGCAAAAAAGUUGUUCUGUUGCUCCUACCUGUUGUUUUUGUCACAGUAACAGGUAUGAAUGUAAAUAUAGCAUCUUUGUUCUCUAAGUAUUAAAAUUUAAAAUCUUCUUAGCAAUUUCUAGGCCCUUGUUUUAUGUUUUUUUUUUUACAGAUUAAUCGCAUUUAGAGUUUGUGUUUCUGGAAACGUCACUGAUUUUUAAAGGAUGAUGGAAACUGUAAUGAUCCAACUAAAUGCUGCCUACAGUUCAGACUGUGUUACAUUCUGCGCCGUUGUUAAUAAACUCCUCGGUGUGAUAAGGAAGCAGAAGAUACUGAGCAGAACCAGUGUGUGACGAGGAGAAGGAUGAAAACCACGAGGCCAAUGACUCUGUGACACCAGCGCCGUCCCACCACAGAUGUACUGGUGGUCAGCUGUUGUCUCAUUAGUCUAUUUCAGUGCCAUAUUAAACAGGAAAAGCUGCUAUUUUUGGAUGGCUGAUUUUGUAAACAAUUACAAUUUCCAAAAUAUUUAAUGGAGACAUAAACAAAUAAAAAAGCUCUUAUAGCGAAACAUUG